AUGCCCGAGAUCAAGAUCUCCAUAUCAGAGAUCUCUCGCCACAACAAAGAAGACGACUGCUGGAUCGUCGUCGACAACGUGGUAUGGAACAUCACCGCCUUUGCGCCGUCUCACCCAGGCGGUCCCGACAUAAUAUACCACUAUGCCGGUCGGGACGCUAGCGUCGCGUAUGACGAGAUCCACGCCCCAUCUAUCAUAUCUAACGGCCUGCCUGCCAACGCUCGAAAGGGCGUGCUCGAUGAGGCGACCAUAACCGAGGAAUGGAAAAAUCAGCAGGAGCAGCGACAGCGACAAGAUCGUCACAUCUCCCCCAGUACAUCAAAAGCCACUACCAUCAAUCCAUCUAAGCCGCCCUUAUCUUCAAUAAUCAACCUCCGCGACUUCGAACUUGCCGCUAAAGCCACCGCCACGCCCAAAACAUGGGCCUUUUACUCAUCCGCCUCCGACGACGUCAUUACGCGAGACCUCAACAACUCUUUACUCACACGCAUCCUCCUCCGGCCGCGUGUGAUGCGCCGUGUCAGCCAAAUUACGACAACCACGCGCGCCCCAUUCCCUGGAAUUGAUUUCGAGAGUUCUUUCCCACUGUUCAUCUCGCCUGCCGCGAUGGCCCGCCUGAUCCACCCGGACGGGGAGCUAGCCAUUGCACGGGCAUGUAAGACCAAAGGAAUCGUGCAGUGUAUCAGCAACAAUGCGUCCUACACUGCCGCCGACAUCGUCAGCCAGCCUGAAGUCAGAGACCAGCCAUUUAUCUUCCAGCUAUACGUGAAUCGCAAUCGGACUGAGUCAGAGAAGCUCAUCGCCAAGAUCUGCGCCCUCCCAAACAUUAAGGGCGUAAUGGUCACAACCGACGCGGCGGCAGCAGGAAAGCGCGAGGCAGAUGAGCGAGUCAAAGCAGACGAGAGCGUGAAGAACCCCAUGAUGGGUGCCGGAGGCGCCGCAAAGAACGACAGCAAAGGUGGCGGCUACGGUCGCCUAAUGGGCGACUUCAUCGAUCCCAACCUCAACUGGGAGGACAUCUCAUGGCUGCGUGCAAACCUCAAAGACCUACCACUGUUCCUCAAGGGAGUAAUGAGCGCAGACGACGUCCUCCUAGCCCUCCAACACGGCUGCGAGGGCGUCGUGCUGAGUAAUCACGGAGGGAGGAAUCUGGAUACUUCGCCGCCAGCGAUACUGGUGUUGCUGGAAGUCUGGAAACGGUUUCCGCAUGUCAUCACGCAGCACCACCCCCACAGCCCCGCUGUGCGGUCGGGGCAGAAUAAGGCGUUCAGUGUUCUGAUUGACGGUGGAGUCAGGCGCGGUACGGACAUCUUGAAGGCGGUAUGUUUGGGUGCGACGGCCGUUGGGGUGGGCAGGCCGGCGUUGUUCGCGACGGGGUAUGGUCAGGAGGGUGUCGAGCAUAUGAUCGAUAUAUUGAAGGAUGAGUUCGAGGUGGCGAUGCGCAAUUCGGGGAUCACGAGGGUGGGGGAUGUUGGGCCGGAGUAUGUCAACACUGGGGAUAUCGACAGGCUAGUGGCUACGGGCCCGGGCCAUUCAUAUGCGGUUGGGUGGAGGGAGAGGGGCAGUAAGUUGUAG